UGAUUCCGGAAACGGCCCGCGCUGACUGACAGGGGACCUGCCCAAUAGAAUGGCGGCGUUUUGGGAGGGCCCGUCCGCUUGCACCCACUGCCGGGGGAAACGAGAGUUCGGCCACUUCCGCUAGCGGGGUUAAUAGUGUGUCAGCUGCAAACACCAGACCGAAGAUGACUAAGCUGGGAUUUUUGCGGUUGUCGUAUGAGAAACAGGACACCCUGCUGAAGCUACUCAUUCUGUCUAUGGCAGCUGUGCUGUCAUUUUCUACCAGAUUGUUCUCUGUAUUGAGAUUUGAGAGUGUCAUCCAUGAGUUUGAUCCGUACUUCAAUUACCGGACCACUCGCUUCCUCACUGAAGAAGGUUUCUACAAAUUCCAUAACUGGUUUGAUGAUCGAGCCUGGUAUCCACUAGGCAGGAUUAUUGGAGGAACAAUCUACCCAGGUCUCAUGAUAACUUCUGCUGCUCUCUACCAUGUGCUGCAUUUCUUCCAUGUCGCUGUUGACAUCAGGAAUGUAUGCGUGUUUCUGGCUCCUCUCUUCUCAUCGUUUACCACCAUCGUCACUUAUCACUUAACAAAGGAACUGAAGGAUGCUGGUGCUGGCUUGUUAGCUGCUGCCAUGAUUGCUGUGGUCCCUGGUUAUAUCUCUCGGUCUGUAGCUGGUUCCUAUGAUAAUGAAGGUAUUGCUAUAUUCUGCAUGUUGCUGACAUACUACUUGUGGAUUAAGUCUGUAAAGACUGGCUCCAUCUACUGGUCUGCAAUGUGUGCACUGGCCUACUUCUACAUGGUUUCAUCAUGGGGUGGUUACGUGUUUCUGAUCAAUCUGAUCCCACUUCAUGUGCUCAUCCUUAUGCUGACUGGACGAUUUUCCCACCGGAUCUAUGUUGCAUACUGCACAGUGUACAGUCUUGGAACCAUACUCUCAAUGCAGAUCUCCUUUGUGGGAUUCCAGCCGGUCCAGUCUUCAGAGCAUAUGGCUGCCUUGGGUGUUUUUGGUCUGUGCCAAAUCCAUGCGUUUGUUGACUACCUACGCAGCAAAUUGAAUCCGCAACAGUUUGAGAUUCUUUUCAAGAGUGUCGUCUCUCUGGUGGGGUUAGUGGUCCUGUCUGCAGGAGCAGUGCUGAUGCUCACAGGCAAGAUUUCCCCAUGGACUGGACGCUUCUAUUCAUUACUGGAUCCUUCUUACGCAAAGAACAACAUUCCCAUCAUCGCUUCAGUCUCUGAACAUCAGCCCACCACUUGGUCAUCAUAUUACUUUGACUUGCAACUCCUUGUCUUCAUGUUUCCAGUUGGUUUGUACUAUUGCUUCAACAAUCUGUCAGACGCCAGGAUUUUUAUCAUCAUGUAUGGUGUCACCAGUAUGUACUUCUCAGCGGUGAUGGUUCGGCUUAUGCUGGUCCUCGCCCCAGUAAUGUGCAUACUCUCAGGAAUUGGUGUUUCUCAGGUGCUGUCAACUUACAUAAAGAAUUUGGAUAUCAGCCGUCCUGAUAAGAAAUUAAAAAAGCAACAGGACUCCACUUAUCCAAUUAAGAAUGAGGUAGCGAGUGGAAUGGUGCUCGUAAUGACCUUCUUCCUGAUUACGUAUACCUUUCAUUCCACUUGGGUGACCAGCGAGGCAUAUUCAUCCCCCUCCAUUGUUCUGUCUGCUCGUGGAGGAGAUGGAAGCAGGAUUAUCUUCGAUGAUUUCAGAGAGGCUUACUACUGGCUCAGGCACAACACCCCAGAGGAUGCCAAGGUGAUGUCGUGGUGGGAUUACGGUUAUCAAAUCACAGCAAUGGCCAAUCGAACCAUCCUAGUAGACAAUAACACCUGGAAUAACACUCACAUCUCCAGAGUCGGGCAGGCAAUGGCAUCUCCAGAGGAGAAGGCUUAUGAGAUCAUGAGGGAGUUAGACGUCAGCUACGUAUUGGUCAUUUUUGGAGGUCUCACAGGAUAUUCCUCUGAUGAUAUAAACAAGUUCUUGUGGAUGGUGAGAAUUGGAGGAAGCACUGACACAGGCAGACACAUCAAAGAGCAUGAUUACUACACCCCAACAGGAGAGUUCCGCGUUGACAGAGAGGGGUCCCCUGUCCUGCUGAACUGUAUGAUGUACAAAAUGUGUUACUAUCGCUUCGGUCAAGUCUACACUGAAGCAAAGCGCCCACCCGGUUAUGACAGAGUAAGGAAUGCUGAGAUUGGGAACAAAGACUUCGAGCUCGAUGUUCUAGAAGAGGCAUACACCACUGAGCACUGGUUGGUCCGUAUAUAUAAGGUGAAAGAUUUGGAUAACCGAGGGCUCUCAAGAACGUAAAACAAAAAAUGAAGUGGCUGUGACUGAUAGCAGCACUGAGGCCUUGUCCUGUGAAGAAGAGCUGUAUUUUUUUUAUAUACACUAGUUUGGAAAUAAAGGAAGAGAUCGGAGAGUUUGUUUACAUGUUGCGUUCUGUCUGCAGCAAUCUGUCUCAAAUGUCAAAAUUGGUUGAAUGAUUGAUGAUGAGUGAUCAAAAAGUUGUUAUGCUGGGCUUAAGUUCUACAGUGGUCAAAUAAAGGGUUCAAUUGGA